AUGCGAAUACUCACCUGGAAUGUGAAUGGAAUUCGCACCUUACCCCAAUAUUAUCCAUGGUCACAACUCAAGACGCUCGAGGCGAUCCUCGCCCAUCCCGAUAUCCGAUCCGACAUCUACUGUUUUCAAGAGAUGAAGAUAAUGCGCCCGCAAAUCGAUCGUGACAAAGCCCUUCCCGGGUCGUACGACUCCUUCAUCUCCCUCCCCACAGGCAAAGGCGGCUACAGCGGUGUAGCCAUCUACGUCGAUUCAAACAAAGCAAAACCUAUCAAAGCUGAAGAAGGUCUAUCUGGGUUGAUCCAGCCGAAUCCUCCCUUGUCGGAGGAAGAUCGUGUUUCCUCGACUUACCCUGCUGGGCACCUGAUGGAUUUCAUCCCGGACGAGGAUGACCGGCUACCCAGUGGAUUGCUGGAGCUUGACAAUGAGGGACGUGCUCUGAUACUAGACUUGGGUCUCUUCGUCUUGAUCAACGUAUACUGUCCAGCCGACACUGUGAAGGACCGCUUCUCGUACAAGUUCAACUUUCAUCGUCUCCUUCAGGAACGCGUCCGGCUACUUCAAGAGGAGAACUGUGAGGUUAUCAUCGUUGGAGACUUGAACAUGUGCGCUUCUAGGAUGGAUGAUGGAGAGCCGGUUCCGGAGAGCAAGAAGCGGAAUUGGAACGAGGAGCCGUGGGACUGGCUCAAGAAGUGGGUUCAACCUAAUGGGAGGCUGGUCGACGUCACCCGGCGCUUCCACCCAGAUCGAACCAAGAUGUACACAUUUUGGGAGUCGAAGAAGGAUGGAAGGACCGCUAACUUUGGUUUACGUCUGGAUUAUAUUCUCUGCACAGAAGGCUUGCUACCCUGGCUAAAGGGCUCCGAUAUCUUACCUCAAGUGCUCGGUUCCGACCAUUGCCCGGUUUAUGUCGACUUGCACGAUGAGAUAAUUCUCGAAGACGGCACCAAGAAAUGCUUGCGAGACGAAAUGAAGCAGACUGAGAUCACACCAUGGCCGCGCUUUGCGACGCGCUUUUGGCCGGAGCUUUCGGGGAAACAGACUAAGAUCUCGAGCUUUUUUGUCACAAAACCUGCUGAUGGAGAUCGGCCACCGAAGAAGAUGCGAGCAAGGUAGCAUUGAA